AUAUUUACAGAAAAUUGGUGACCAUGACUCACAUGAUUACGAAUAUAUGAUUCUAUAGUAGUCCCAAUAUGAGUUUGUGAAAUGUGCAAUAGGAAUCCAUAACAAUAAAUAUAUACAGAAGACAAUUCUUUUUAAGCUACUAUUAUAUGAUGUCAGGGUGUGGUGGUGGUGGUGGUGGACAUGGAGACCAUGGACAUGACCAUUCAGGUCAUGGAUCCUGUGAGGGACAUGAUCAUGGUCCAGCAGACCUUGGAGUGGCCUAUAGCCUAUAUACAAGAAUUGAUACAGAACAUGUAGAGUGUUUGAAUGAGGCUUUAGAAGGUUCGGGCAAGACUGUUUUCAAGCCAUGGGAGGAACGGCUCUCCAGGGACAAGUUUGUGGAGAGCGAUGCUGAUGAGGAGCUGCUUUUCAAUGUGCCAUUCACAGACAAUAUCAAGCUUAAGGGUGUCAUUGUGGUGGGAGGUGAUGGUGGCUAUCACCCCAGCAAAAUGAGACUCUUCAAGAAUAGGGAGCAUAUGACCUUUGAUGAUGUAGGUUUGGCUGCUGAUCAAGAAUUUGAACUUUAUCCUGAUCCCUCUGGCACUCUGGAAUAUACCACCAAAGUGGUGACCUUCUCCUCUGUCACUCAUUUGACCCUCCAUUUUCCCACAAACUUUGGUGAAGACAGUACCAAGAUCUCAUAUAUUGGAUUCCGUGGGGAGUACACCAAGGCACACAGGCAUGGUGUCACCAUCUGCAAUUAUGAAUCUACACCUCAAAUAUCUGACCACAAGGAUAAGGCCAUGGAAAGUGUGGGUCGGCCUGUGAUGUGAUGACAAUACUGCUUGAAAAAUGGGAAGGGUUUUACAUCUUAUCAAGUGUCAUUUUGUUGCAUUGUUAAUAAGAAUUGUGUUUAACCUUUGCUAUUUCUUACACUUCGUUAGAAGGCUGAUGAGAAGGGAUGCAUGUGCUCUGCAUCAUUUUCCAGUCUGAUGGAUUGUUGGUGAUAAGUAUUGUGUAGGUCUUGUUACCUCUUAGUUCAUGUGUGAGUUCUGGAAGGAUGAUGUUGAGCUGGAUCUUCUGCUUCCUUUUAACUCCAGCAUGUGGUGCUUGAGUGUGAUAUGAGAUGAUGAGAUGGAAUCAUGUGCCUCUUAUCAAUUUUAAGCCUGCCAUUGAUACAUUAAGAAAGUAAUGAGAGCAGAGCAAUAUUGUUUUGUCCCACAUCAUUUUUACUGCAAUUAAAAAUUAAGAUGAUGUCAAAUCAAUGCUUAUUGUGCUACUGUUAAUCCAGGAUUUUGUAUGCCUUUUCUUGCAUUUGGAUUUUGUAACUUUCUCUUGUGAGAUGCUGAAUUAACAUGGCAUAAUUUGUUAAUGUGGAAAUCUUGCUUUGAAGUACAUGACUAAUAUUUGUAUGGUAA